AUGCCAUUUAUUGUAACUUCGAGUGACCAGAAACAUAGAGCAGCUAGCAACGACCAGAACAUAUGGGAUGGGUUCUUCACGCGAAACACUGAGAAACGGUUGUACUCCAGUACCAUCAGUCACGCCGUACCUUGUGUUCUGCAGGAAUGGGGUCUCUGUCUAAUAUUCAUGGGAAUUGUCAUUAAUCUCGUUGUCUUGCUCGUUUACGUCGUUGUUGCAUACCGUGUCUGGUCCAAACGGCUUCUCAUGGGCGCCAUGGAUGAUUGUGGCAAGGCCUGCCCUGACCUUGACUUACAGUCCACAUCCAACACCUUUGCAUUACCUUCCCGCGCGAGCAUUCCAGGCAAGUCGCCGUAUGCUGUCUUUACUGCCUCUUUACGCUUAGCAAAAGAGAGGCAAGCGGAGCCGUCUAUCCAGUUUGCCUCGGCUCACUUGCUCAUGCGACCUAUGUCCUCGUUCCUGUCCUCGCUUCAGGGGCGGGACCCCAGUCACUGUCAACAGUCUAUGCCAAAGCAACAGCAAGGUCAGUUAGCGAUGGUGUCAGUGCCCAAGUCGCGCGAUUCGCCUACUCAAAUCCAGGUGCUCCACGUGCCUGCGGCUCCCGGUGAGACCAUUUAUGGGAGUGUGCCUAUUCCGGGCCCUUACUCGAGUCCUAUGGUUCCAUGA